AUGACGUCGAUUAUGGCUAUUUCUUUAAUCACUGGAUUGGUGAUCGCCAUCAGUACUGCAAUCAAUUACAUAUUCUCUUUAUUUCAAAUACUUUUCAAAAAGCCAAUUCCCCCAACAGGCGCCGUGGAAAUCGAUUCGGUCGAACAUAUCUACGUUCAUCCAGACUGUACAAGAGGAUUAAAAGAUUUCUCUUCACACGUUGCCAAAACAAUACAUGAAAUUUUCUUAAAUAGUGUUCGAUUGUAUGGCGAUCGACCACAAUUUUCAUACAGACAAUCAUCCGAUGAACCAUUUAAAUCUUAUACUUAUAAUGUUCGAUUGUAUGGCGAUCGACCACAAUUUUCAUACAGACAAUCAUCCGAUGAACCAUUUAAAUCUUAUACUUAUAAACAAGUAUUUGAAAUCAUCAAAGAAAUUGGCAGCGGUGUCGUUCAUACUGGUCUUAAACCAUCAAAUGAAACAUUCGUUGGUAUUUAUUCUUCAGCAUCAGUUAAUUAUGCGCUUUGUCUCUACUCAACUUGGCCAUAUUCAAUGGUACCUAUUGGCAUUUAUGAUUCACUGGGUCGUGAUGGUGUCAAAUUUAUUAUAACUCAAAGUGCUGUUGAAUUGAUAUUUGCUGACGAUUUAACACGAGUGAAAAAUUUAAUUGAAUGGAAAGAUGAAACAAUAUCUUUGCAAACAAUUGUUAGUUUUGUUGAACCAACAGAAGAAUUAGUCCGAUUAGCUGAAGAAAAAAAACUAAAACUUUUGACACUUGAUCAAUUAAGAGAGAUCGGUCGAAAUAAUCCGGUCGAUGCAGUACCACCAAAAUCAACUGAUACAGCAUUAAUCAUGUACACAAGUGGAAGCACAGGAGAACCAAAAGGUUGCAUUCUUUCACAUCGAAGUUUUAUUGUUGCAAUCUUUGGAAUUCUAUCUUCUAUAAAUUUAACAAGUGUGGCAAAAGAUGAAGCAAUUCCUCGCGUAUUAAAUUACAUGCCGUUAGCACAUGUUUUUGGUUGUGGAACGAUCGUUGCUUUAAGUUUAUUAGGUGGAGAAGCUGGCUUUUGGCAAGGCAAAGUUGAGAAAUUGAUCGACGAUUUUCGUGAUUUUCGGCCAACCGUUCUUGCCAUGGUACCACGUCUAUUAAAUCGAUUAUAUGAUAAAGUUCGAUUAGAAUUACGUAAAAAAGGUGUAAUUGGUCGUGUAUUAUUCCGAUUGGCUAUUCGCGGUAAACUAGCCCUUAUUCGACGUGGAGAUUUUUCUCGGAACACGAUCUGGGAUAAAAUUAUUUUUGAAAAACUUCGCCAAUCAUUUGGCGGCAAAGUUAAUCGUGUUAUUUCAACAAGUGCACCACUCUCGCGUGAUGUUUGUCGAUUUUCGCGUGCUGCAUUUUCAUGUCUAUUUAUUGAAUGUUACGGACAAACAGAAUGUACGAUUGCAUGUUCGCAAACACUUAAUGACAUGGAAUCAGGUGAAACAGGUAUUCCAACUCCUGUGACUUAUUUAAAAUUAGUUGAUGUGCCUGAGAAAGAAUAUUAUGCUAAAGAUCGCAUUGGUGAAAUUUGCAUUCGAAGUGAAACGGUAUUCAAUGGUUAUUUGAAUGAUAAAGCGAAAACACGUGAGGCUAUCGAUGAACAAGGCUGGUUACAUACAGGUGAUAUUGGCCGAUGGACACCACAUAACACUAUUCAAAUUGUUGAUCGAAAGAAGAAUAUGUAUAAGCUAAGUCAAGGAGAAUAUGUGGCUCCAGAAAAAAUUGAAGAUGCUUACUCACGUAGUCGAUUUAUUUCUCAAUUAUUUGUUUAUGGCGAUUCAUUAGAAAGUUUUCUUGUUGCUAUUGUUGUAUUAAAUGAUGAAUAUAUAAAACAAUGGUCUGCAAAUCAAGGAUACGAUUAUCAAGGAGCCGUAUCAGCUGAAAUGGAGACAAAAUUAAAACAAGUUGUCCUUGACGAUAUGAAUCGUGAAGGCAAAAAACGUGGUCUGAUGUCUUUUGAACAAGUUAAAGCCAUUGAAUUUAUCCAAGAUUCGUUUACAAUUGAAAAUGGACUUUUAACACCCACAUUUAAAUCUCGUCGAUAUGCUGUAGAAAAGAAAUAUAAACAACUCUUCAAAAAGAUUUAUAAAAAAGUUAACGCUUAA